AUGUCAACUGAUCCUGUACAGCUGGACGGGGAAGAGUUCGACGGCAUUGUCGAUGUUGGCGUCAUUAUCAAAGGAAAAGUCUACCCUUACAUCGAAAAAAACCCAUUGGAUGAAAUAUCUUUGAUUGGAUUCGCUCUGGGCGGAGCUGUGGGAAUUCUCAUGGGCUUAUUGCCCUAUACGAAUUUCAAGAAUAUAAACAUUUACCUGAUUGCCGUUUCAAUCUUUCAUUUUUUGGAGUUUUACGUCACGGCUAGAUUCAACCCGGGGAAAGUCACCAAGGAUUCGUAUUUGUUCAAUAACGGCAAGGCUUACCUAUUUUCACAUGCCUUAGCGUUUUCAGAGGCUCUGAUCGAGUCUGUCUUCUAUCCCAGCUGGAAAUCGAGUUUGCAUUCUAACACCACUUUUUUCAUCUCUGUACUGGGACUUGCACUCUUAAUACUUGGUCAAUACGUCAGAACGGCAGCAAUGGUAACUGCAGGAAGUUCGUUCUCCCAUCAGGUCAAGACCAGUCAAAAUUCAGAUCAUUCCUUAGUCACAGACGGUAUAUAUGCUAGGCUUCGUCACCCUAGCUAUUUUGGAUAUUUUUGGUGGGCGCUUGGAAGCCAACUGUGGCUACUCAACCCCCUCUCCUUUGCUGUUUUCACAGUAGUAUUGUGGAGAUUUUUCAACGGUCGAAUACGUUUCGAAGAAAGAUAUCUUCUGCAGUUCUUUGGCCAGGAGUACGCAAAAUAUUCGCGGAAGGUCGGGGUCGGUACACCUUUUAUAUAA